CUCUUUCCUUUGUGGGGAUUGUAGUUUGUCAGGGUUAGCUGUUAGCUGUGCACACACCUACGGGUUUGGGAGCAUUUCCAUGUUGGCCGAGGAUGUCAGAGCUAGUGGAAAGCCCUCUGGGUCUCCACUCUGAGCAUGCUGCUCUGACUGAUGCACAUCUUCACAGCAAUUCAUGGGACUCCUCCCAAGUGUUGAGAGGGUUACGCGUAUAAAUUGUUGUGGCUUUUAUGAUCUCUGAGAAACCUUAUUUUUUUAACUUAAUUUUUUUUCUUGAUUUAAGUGGGACAUAACAUAGACAUGCAGAAUUAGUAAUAGGAGAAUCAUUGUGUGGCAGUGUGGGAUCAGUUGGAUAUCAUUAGUUGUGCUGGUCUAACCUCAGCUCAGCACUCAGGACCUCUGCUCUAGAGCUCAAAUGUCCUUGAGGACCUCUCGUGGAUCUUGAGCCAGUUAAUUCGAAUGGUUUUGGCAGCUUGGUUCAGUGUUAUGGAAACCAUGCACAAUCCCUGUGGUUUCUCAGGGUCAUGAGGUCCACAGAAAGCAGCAUUCAUUCACAAGCUCCUACAGGUGAGUGAGUGGUCCUUUACCUGAGGGAGAAGAUACUUUGACCUCUCACAGGCUUUUCUUCAAAGUUAGGCCCCUGAAAAAGUCAGCUCAAAAUGCUCUAAAUGCUUUCUUAUGUGAUUGUUAGUGUUUUUUACAGGAGUCCUAGUAUUGUGCCCAUGGAAUUUGUAAACAUCCGUAGCCUAGCAGGGUAGUCCAAGGGGAGGUGGGGCUAUCCAUGGUUAUCCCACCCUGUGUCCUUGAUGGCUCUUUUCAGGGAAGAUAGCUGCUGUCUGUCACUCAUCCUCGUGCUGUGGAUUUAGCAGUGAUGUGCAGUUGUACUCCAUGAGGAUAUACAUCAGUGUUCCGUUUUCUCUUCCCACUUAACUGCAGUGAAGGUUAAUCACAGUGCUCUGGCUUAUGUACUCUUGGCUGUGUAAUAUCUUCAGUUUGUUCUCAAGGAAGUGUGAAUCUUGGACUCAGAGCUCAGUGGAGACCCUCAGAGUCAUCCAGUGACCAUGACUUUCAGGAAGUUCUCUGAAGCUGUAUCAGGACACUCACCAGGAAUAUGCUCGUGUGAAAGAAGAAUGCCUGAGAACUGAUGCCCAGAAGAAGAAACUAGAAGCUAAGGUGAAGAAGCUGGAAGAGGCUGCUGUCAAGCAAACUCAGGACUUCAAGCAACUGAGAAAUGAAAAGAAAAUACUUGAAAAGGAGUUUAAGAAGACACAGGAAAGGCUUGAUGAAUUUUCCAAACAGAAAAAUGAGAAGGAGUUGAGACACAUCGGGACACAAAUCUCAAGCGACUCGCACGGAAGCAUAGAUAAGAGGAAGGUGAAAGUUCUCCUGAAGGAGCUGUGGCUCUGUGUGAACACUGCGCACAGACUCUCCGGGGAGGGCGGCAGACGGAUCCCAGGUGAGAGACACUACAGACGCUCCUGAGGCAUGAGUGUGACAGCAUCUGCUACAGGCUUCUGGUAUUUCAGCCUCCAGUGUGUAGCGGAGAGUGGGGACUUGGAAAUGUAUGAAGGAGUGUGACUCUAAACCCCAGCAGAUAACUGUCAGCCUUUGGUAGCAGCUCUCCUCAGAGCACUUGGAGGGGAAACUAAGGCAUGCUUGGCAGGUGUAUGUGGAAGACCAAGUAAUCCUCCUGUCCUACACAAUAGCUUCUUUUAAGUCAUCUUUAUUUUCACACAAGAAUGAUUCCAUCUGAACUUUUCCCCAAUCCUGUUAACAAACUGUGGGACUCAUGGAAAUGGCCCAUUUUCCACCUACACUAGAUCUAGUCUGAGACUCCAUUUCUGCUCAGGACACUGUGCUGGGGACUAGGGACAGAAUGCAUGGCACACUGUGAUUCAGUGAGGAUCACAUCCGUAGUCGAUCUCCUUUGCUUCCAGUUGGCCCAGGGAAGGUUUGUGGGGUUUUGGGGUUUUUUUGUUUUUCUAAUUUCUUCUGCAUUUAGUUCCAGGAAUUCUUGCUUAAGGAAGGCUGCCCCUCUCCUCUCCGCUGCUGACUCUGGUCUGUUUCAUGUCAGGGUAGCUCUCCUGCUUCCCAGUGCACUACAGUCCCUUACUCCCCUCUCCUCUGCUCACUCUGCUGUUUCUUCUGUCUCCCCAGUGCAUUCCAAGUUAAUAUUUACUAGACGCUGCCCCAGAGCAGCUCCUGUGUGCCUCAGCCAUACUUGUCCUGCCUAGGCACUUCUCUGUUCCAGUCUCACCUCUGAAGAGGUCUUGCUCCUAUGUCAAAUACCUGGUGACUACAGUGACCCCGUGGGAUCCAUAUUUCUAGGCUAAAUCAUCAUCAUCAACUGAAGUUCAUGAAACUCAAAGACCCCUCCCCCAAAAUUGUAUAGUUGCCUGUUUGUCACACCAUGCUAGCAGUGUUUGAGGGAGGGAGCACGUGACAAAGAUCUCCAUCCACAAACUGAGUCAGACAGUUUUAUCUUUCUGAACAGUCAUCUGAAAUCAACCAAUGUCAAACCUACCCAUAGGCUUUCUAUAAAAGGUACAUUAGAUUGUUGUUGAAGGGAAAGCGACUUCCAGUGUGUUUAGGCAGUAAGGCCUCUGCCCUGCUGCUGUGCUGUGAGCUAGCCCUGGUACCAUCCACAACCCUGUCCCAGUCUAUGAUCACUUUAGAAGUUGACUGGUGACCUUUUUGAAGCCGUCCACUCAUUUCAAGUUAAUUGUGCUAGUAAUGUGACCUGUUAUGAGGAUGUAAUUUGUGCAUUUCCUUGGCAUUAUUAAAUAUGUAAUGCCUGCUUCUCUCCUGUUCAGAAAAACCUGCCAAAGGAAGCAGUGCAGCCCGAGCCUCUGAGCAAGAUGAGCUGCUCCCAGUGCAAGGUGGCCCUGCCAGGGCCGCAGACAUGCGUUCCUUCUUCUCCAAGCUGUCCAUGGAGAUGGAGGGUGACUUUUCUUCCUCGGAGAGUGCUGAAGAAGAGCUGCCCAGUGGGGCAAGCCCCAGCACUGAGCAUGCUUUUUGUGAGGAGAGGCAUUCUGAAGUCUCAGGGCAGAGGCCUGAUGAUGGCAACAGGACCAACGUCUAUGACCACGAACACUUUUUUGAUGAUGAUCUUCAAGCUGCAAUUGACUUCUUCAAACUUCCCCCUCCUCUUCUGUCUCCAGUGCCCUCACCCCCUCCGAUGGCAUCAGGCUCUUUACCUUCUUCCCUGGCACCUGAAUCCUUCUUUGGAGAGUUCACGGAUUCCAGCGAUAGUGACUCUGUCCCACCGAGAGACUCUAUGGAAUCAGCUUUGGAAGAUUACACAGCAGAGUCACGGGCUUAUUUUGACUUGCUUGAAAAAAUUAAAAGGAGUGACCAAUACGUGAAAAAGCCUGGGUCACUGGAAGCCACCCAGGCUGUAAACAGUCUGACACCUCUUGGAUUUGUUACUGGAAGAACAGCACUGGGAGAACCCUCAGCCGCAGCUUCUCUAGCUCAGGGAAGGCACUGGACUGAAUCAUCUGAAUUUGUGAGGGACAGAGGAGACUCUGUAGAAGAGGCAGAAAGAAUGGUGGAGGCCAGGGAGGUGGAUAAGUCUGUGCAAGUUGGGAAAGGGCUGCUGAAGCAUAACAGAAAACUGUGGCUAGAGAUGGCAUCCAGAGGCCCAGCACGAAAGAAGGAAGCUGGAGCUGGGGAGUCAGAGAUUUGUUUUUCUUCCCUUGGCAAGAGGACCUUCAGUGAACUCAUAGAAUCUGAAGGAAAAACCCUGUCGUCAAAAGCUUUGUGUCCAUCCCAGUCAGAAUUUUCUAAACGGACACUCACUGAUGGAUCUGCUUCCAAGUCACCCUGUGUGACUGGUUCUGGCCGUUUUCAGAGAAGGGAAAGAGAUGUGCGGGAGUCCACUCCCCAGUCAGGCAUAUGUGCAGCUGCAGCAGGUCGUGGCCAUUCGGCUAGGCUUCCCUCUUCUUCCUCUGCUACCUCGGUACCAGUGUCGGUCUGCAGUAACCACCAGACUCCAUGGCCAGGGUGUGUCAGUGUAGGCACUCCAGCAGAAGGAACCUGCACAGAACAAAAGUCACCAACUAGAACUUUAAACACAUUUCUUCUGCGGUCUGAGCCAACAGCAUGUUUCCCAAAAGAAAAUGACCCAGAAAACAGCUUGUCUACUUUGAGUCCAAAGUCAAAAUUAGGAACAUCUACCUUUAGUGACUGGAAAAGCAGGGGCCUGGAAUCUUUCAGCACUUUAAAAAGCACAGCGAAGGGACACUCGCUUCCCCAGUCAGUAUUUCCGAAGCCAACAGGAGGUGGACAGUGUAAAGGCCGAGGGCCAGGCGCUACACUCAUACUGCCUAAGUCAGACUGGACCUCACUGGCACGUUCGCAGGCUGGCUUCACCAGAAGGAGCUCUGGCUCUGCUGACAGUACCUCAUGGCACCGCAGUGAUGUCCUAAGGCGAGGUAGUGGGGGUAGCCCCAGAGCUUCCUCAGAGUACCAGCAAAGGACCAGGCUCCAGCUAGAGAAAGCCACACCGGCCUCACAGAACAGCAGCCUAACAGCUAUGCAUGGACCUUCUGGAGAAAGUACCAUCCCUCCAGAAUCUAAUGCAGCUGCUGCUUUGCUGCCAAACCAAGUGUCAGUCAUAACAAAGCAGGCAAGACCAAGGAGGGUGCUGGGUAGCAGCCUGGAACCCUGGCAGCCACAUGGGAACACACUGAGCCCUGCUGUAAAUGGUGGCAAGGAGACAGGUCUUAUGCCAUCAGUAUCAGCCUGUGUUGGAGAUGGAGACCCCAUAGCACAGGUCCCAGAGCAGAUAGCUGAUAAAGAAACCCCUUCUCCAGAAGUAUCUGUGUCUUGGCGAAACCCCAUUUGUGAUUCUCCAAGCGACUCCUUGCUUGCAGAGAACUUUAGUUGCUCCACAGAUCGUAAGUUACCGUUCUCCUCUGAAGACAACAUCUUCCAAUGUGCUAUGAAUGAACACUUGCAGCAGAAGCCCACGAAGUCUCCCCAAACCACACAGUCAGGUGCCAGUAGGCUGGAGGCUGGGGAGCUGCUUCCGUCUGGGGUGACAUCGGGAGUCUUCCCUGCUGAGCAGGUGCCCCAUGGACCUCAUCACCAGGCAGACACUGAAGCCCCUGUAGUUGCCAGAGAGUCUCAUAGUGCUCCACAGAAUGCCAGUGCACCUCCCGUAGUGCCCAGCAGGGGUCCUCUCAGAGCUCGUGUGCCCACAGUCCCUGUUUGCCCUUCAAGCCUCAGCCGUGCAGAAGAGGAGACACAAGGGACCUCCCAAAGUAGUCUUCCUGGGGCUUCCUACUGCUACACAGGUAUCAGAGAGCGGGGAGAGGAAGACACCGAAGUAGAGGAUGAAGCUGUUAGUUGCAGUGAGGGAGAGCAUGAGGCUGAAGCUGUGAUGGGGCGCAGACAACAGGAGCAAGCGGAAGACUCACAUAGACCUUUGGGAGACCCAGAGGCUGGGGUGGGUGAGGCAGGACACCCCUCAGAUGUAGGUGAUCUGACCUCCGCACUUGAAGAAUGUAACCUAAGCACCCUUCUUUACAUAGACAAGCUUUCUACAUCAGAGGUGGUUAUGGUUCUUGAAAGUUGUCAGUUAGGAGAUUAUAGUUCGAGGGUCUCUGCUUCAGAAUGUGCGAGCAAAGGAAGCCUGAGUGAAGAAAUGAACACAGAGUUAAGGCAAAGUGAAAUCUCCAGAAAGAAGUGUGGGAAGAGGCUCUGGGAAGAAAAGCUACUUAGAGCCUCGGAAGAGUGGGCUGAGUCAGAGGGGGAUGACUCUUGUGGUAGGACCUCAUGCCAGCAUGCUCAGUGUCCUCUGGAAGUGCCAUCUGACGUUCUCACCAAGACCGGGGAAGAACUCGAUACAAACCCUGUGGACUGUGGUGGGACGGAUACCGAGCAUGCAUUGCUUGAAAGUACGCAUCACAGCCAGGCAGCCGAAGAUCUGACAGAAGAUGCUCUGCCUGAGGAAACGUCCAGCCCCAUGCCCCACACUGCUGAGUUGCCUGACCCAUCAGCUGUGGAUGGUGGGGGCAGCUCCCCACUCAGUAGCAGGUCUGACCCUGAGCACAUUCAGAGCAGCUAUGAGGAUGAGCCUAAUUCUGGGGAGUGCCUCAGCAUUGGGGAAGAGGGCCUAGCAGAACCUGGGGAGCUGUUGACCCUGAGUUCUGACUCUUCAACCCCACCAAGGUUAGAGCAAAGUUCUGAUUGUGUGGCAGAGACGGCGUUUCGGUACCAGAUCUCCGCAGUGACCUCCGAGGUUAUAAGUGUACUUAUAAAUAAGGAUCAAGACCUUGUGAUUGAAAAGGGAGACAACUGGACUAUCAUCAGUGGUGUGGCCAUCUCCCCUGGCAUGGAACAAGUAGUUCUAUGUGACACUCUUGGGGAUGCUGCUUCCUCCCAGGAUCAGGGAGGCCUAGAUGACGGUUCUAUGGAGAAGUCCCCUGAAGCCAGCCCUUCUGGCCCUCUACCUCAAGAGCCUCCAUGUGGUGGUGAUCUCUCUGGUGCCCAGGAGGAUAUUUCCAGCAAUGGUCAGAGUGCCAACUUUGAUAAGAGUCGUCUUCGGAACAGACCUGUAAAACCUAGCAUCUGGAUCCGUUCUCAGAUAUAUGACCAGACACUUGAGACCGAGAAAGUUGCAUCUGAUCACACAUAUUAUAACUGGAAAUUAGAGCCACUUGGUAAAAAUAAGCCUCGAUCAAAGAUUUCCAACAAAGAUCAAGCAAGCAAGCUAGCUAAGACACUAGUACUCAACAGAGGGGAAGUGCAUCUGAAUGAAGUCCCUCAGCCAGCCUCAGGGGAAGGAACUAAUAUAAAACUGCCAAGAAGCCAAGCUCAGCCCAUCAUGGCAGGCACAGAUAGGUCCACCCCCACCAACUGUUCUCCUGACACUCUGAGCAAGAUCCGGCAAGAAGUGGGGCCACCACUGCCUCCCUUGCUCCCCCCACUAAUAGCCACGCCUCCAAGGUCAUCACAGACACUGUCUCCUCUGGUACCAAACUCUGGUCCGUCCUCAAGGUCCUCACCUGCUGGCCAUGUUUCCCCCCUGUGUGAAGUUCCAGGGCCUCCUGUGUUGUCUCCAUGGCCUGAGGAACUCCAGCAGGCCUCCCCUCUGGAUCCCUCUCCGUCCCCAUCCACAGCAGCAGCUAGUGGAAGGAUAGUGUCCUCUCCGUUGCAGUUCUGUGCUGCUACACCAAAGCAUGCACUUCCUGUGCCUGGCCGACUCCCAUCCUGCGCACCAGGCCAUGCUGCUGUGAGCGGGCCGCAGCAGGAGAAUUCUGUAAAAAUCCUUGACACCAUGUACCCAGAGUUAUCUGCCAGAGCCCGGACCCUCAGCCUCCUCAAAGGGAACAUGCAGCUCUCCCGAGGCUCCACUGUGGAUGGAAAGGUGUUACCAGGGCGGGUCAGUGCUCUCCUAGGACUCAAAGCUAUAACCUCAACAUCAACUGCAUUUGUCCUAACGGGGGGCAGCUCUGGUGCUGACGGUAGCCAAGGUAAGUCACAAGACUCGGGUGUCCAGCAGGAUGCAGGUGGGAAAAGAACACUAGCAGUAUCCAUGCUGAGGAGUGCUAAAAGACUGCGCCUGGACAACAAGUCCCCAGAACCAGACACCAGGGAGGUCACUGGGGAAGGAGUCCCCGAGGACCCCCAAGGAGGAAGCCCACUGGCUGAAGUCGUGCCAGCUGAGGAAGAGCAAGCUGAUGUCCCAGUCUGCAGUGCAGCUUCACUUCUGCGUGUAAACCCAAGGGAGAUGGCAGAGUCAUAUAACAUAGCCAUAACUCGGGCUCUGAGGAAGAUUGCCGAGUCCUCCUUCGACCUGCUACCUGUCAUUCGUAGUCAUGUGUAUGUGGGAAAUAUCUCCAAAAAGCCUGUCAUGAGAGAUCAAGAGAAAGAAGUUGUUUAUGAAUUUAGCACAACAAACAAGCAUUUAGGAGAAUACUUACUUCGCUCUAUUCUCUCAGAGCUAAAGAUUCAGAAGACGUCUCUGGACCACAGUUACAUCCAUGCACUGUGCAGAGUGUAUGUGGGCAUUUGUCGGCAACUUGGAGACUUGGAAAGAGCUCGCUUGUUCUGUUACAGCCUUCUGAAGGAAGAUUUUCCAGAAUCUGAGAAGUUGACUCUGUUCAUUGCCAACAUGUGGCGUGAAGUAUUUCUCUCCCAGUCAGCCAUUAGUGAAGCGAUGCAGCUGGUUGCCAGGCAGCGUGCCAGAGGAGAAGUUCUGAACUGCUUGAGAGCUUUCCUGAGCUGGGAAAAGAAUGCUCCUAUAGAUGUUGGAAUCGUAGUUUCUAAGCUGCUUUUGACCAUACAGCUGUGCCCGAAAACAGAAUUUCAGUCAAGUGAGGAGUUUGGCGAAGACCUAAGUGCAAACAUAUGGGAAUACAUAUUUGCCAUUGAUCUCCUCUGCUGCCACCAGAGGUGGAUCUGGACGCAUGACAACAUCAUAAGUAAGGAGCUGUGGCCUGUGAUGGAUAAGUGGAUCAAAUACAGAAAAGGACAUUCAAACAUCGCGUACACCCCUGAUGUCAUUGUCGCGUCUGUGCUGAGACUGAUUGGUCGAUUAGGCCAGUUGGGUUUGAAGGAGGGGUUUCCAACUGCUGUGAAGAAUAUCAGCUCGGUUAUUGGUAUGUUCAUACAACAUGCUCAGGAUGAAGAUAUCCCAUGGGGUGUACAGCUUGCAGCUGUGUAUGCCCUUUGUGACUUGAGUCCUAGCAAUCCAGCAGAGAUAUCCAAGAUUCUAGAAGCUUGGCGAACACAAACUUCCAACGCUAUUCCAUCCGCCAUUGUCCACUGUUUGGAAGAGGUUGGCUCUCUGAGUGCUGAUGGCUCGGCUGGCUGUACAAGCAAAGGAGACUCUGCACCCUGAGAGCUGGCUGUCAGCUCCCUGAGACAGGAGGCUUACCGGAAGGUCACGAUCACUGCAGAGAGAAGGGCUUUAGCCAGCUCUACUGUAAAGCUCUUGCCUUCUUUCAGCAGAGAACGGCAUGAUGCAGAUGACAGGAGCGCGCCUCGUGGUCUGAUGAGGACAGAGGCAGGCAGCUGCAUUUCCCCCUAUACCACAUGCAUUUCAGUUAUGACUGUAUGGUCACAGACAUAUAGAUUGUAUUAUUGUAUCUUGGUCAAACAACAAAAACUUGAACUUAGCCCUUUUUAUUUCUUUGGCUGCAAAAGUGUCCUUUUUAGUGGCUUUUAAAGGUUGAGUGGCAUUUUUUAUAAUGAUCUUAAACAUACAAAAACAUGGUUUGGUACCUGAGUCAUUUUUAGAGUUUAUGCUCAAGUAAAUGGCUAGGCAAAAGCAAAUUGUCUUUUAAAACAAGAACUAAGCAAGUCUCUCACUGUUGUAGCUGGAAAUGGCUCCAGAGGUUUAACCACAGCAUAGUGCGCAGCUACCGUAGUACCAUAGUAGGACAAACUUGGUGGAAGUGUAUGUGAGUGUGUUUCUUCCCAUUUGUAAAUGUCCUGAACCAUAAAUUACUAUCAGGAUUAACUGACAGAGCAAGACUCCCAUUUGGCUGUGUAGAGAUGGCCAGUCUGAGGGAGCAUCAGAGCCCUGUGGGCUGUGUGCAUAGGGACAGCUCUGUGGGGUGUGUGCAUACAGACAGUGCUAUCUAUGAUGUGUCUCACAUUGGAUGAUAUUCCACUUUCGGAAUUUUUUUAUUUGUAUAUAGAAAUGGGUUUAAUAACUCACUGUGAUUCUGAUUUGUCUUAUAUUCAUCAUUUCUUAAAACUCUUGUAUGUGUUUUUAUAAUAAAAAAUAAAAGCAAGCCA